CCUCAACUGUCCAACUCACGUCUAUCAAACGUUUUCCUCGCUGACAUCGGUUUACGACGCCAACGCCAACCGCACGCUCGUUUCUCUCCUUUUAGACUAAAGUCAAUUAUCUACGCUGCGCCGCCUACGGGGCUCCUCCGGUACAACAGGAGGCCAGGUGCCUGGUCGUAAAGUACAGGCUAAAUUUCUAUCCUAAACUACAUUUUAGCCACGGUAGCCAUGGAGAACCAUCGUGGAUGGAGAUUACAGUGUAGGAAGAUAUAAAGACUCCUCGGAAUAUUAGUGACAGCGCUCUGCGUUUGGACGGUAUAUGAUGAGAUACGGACUGGCGGUUCUCACUGCUGGGUUUACGGGUUUGCUCAGUUUUAGCCUCCUCGCUGUGGCGAUUGGGACCGAUUACUGGUACAUCAUCGAUGUGAACAAACCCAACCACACAGCUUCAGACGACCUGAGUUCACACUCUGGACUCUGGACAAUCAAUGAAGGCGCAAACAGGAGUUCAGUCAUCCCUUCUUUCACAGCAAAUACGUCCCGCAUGUCAGAGGCAGAGAGGUACCUUCUUGGCUUACACAAAGUUGUGGUCAUCCUACUGCCUCUCAGCCUAGUCCUGCUGGUGUUUGGCUGGAUCUUUGGACUUGUCAGUUCAUUGGCCUGCAGCCCCAACUUGCUGGCUGGAUCAGCAACAUACUUUCUCUUCUGCAGUCUUUUCACCCUGUCCGGGGUCAGCAUCUACAUCAAAUACUCAAACCAAGCCAUGGAGGAGUUCCAGCAGAUCGUGUCCCCGGAGAACCUUGCCUAUGUGAACGUGUCCUUUGGCUGGUCCUUAGCCACAGCCUGGCUCUCCUACAGCCUGGAGGUGGCCACUGGUCUGCUGCUCAUGCUCGCUGCCAAAAUUACUCAGAUGAAGGGACAUUAUGACUCUGGUGUAGCCAUCGCUAUGUUAUAGACUGAGUGAAUGAAGCUAAAAGCCCACAGGUUGGAAUGUAUUUUAUUGCUGUUGUUAAAUUAUUUUGAAAACUUAGAAAAGUAUUGUAGUCCAACAAGUAGGUCAAGGACCAAGACAACCAAACGUAGCUGCAAGCUGGCUUAAUGUUACUGCAACUAGAUGCUGAGUAAGUGAUGCUGUUGAACAUCUGUUUCUUCAUUGUUUUUGCUGGCUUGUUGUGACGCCGGCUACCUUUAACACUCUCAGUAUCAUUUGUCCCAGUCCACAAUGGUGUUAUAAAUGUGGCCACAAAAACAGAAAAAAAAAGGCUAACGAUUCACUGAGUAAUUACUGCAUAGUUUAAUGGUAAUGUUCGUCUUGUGUGUAUAUGUAGUGUGUUUUGUAACUUCAGCCUUGUGUUGCCAUAUUCCAGUCCAUAUAUAUGUAUAGCUAAUAACUGUCUUUACGCAUAUGCAAUUCUGUCAGUUUGUAACAUUUUAUUUAGUAUGUAUGGGACCAUUUCCUUUUCAUGCAUGCUACAUAAGCUUUUUGAUUUGAGGACGACUUUGGUACCUCAGCUAUUUCACAAUAGAACAGGUGCUGCAUUGUUGAUCCAUUUUCUAGAGUAAUUCACAUUUCACAGCUUUUGAAAAGCAGUUAGCAUUUGAUCAAUGUAGAAGUAAAGACAAUGUUGGCCACUGGGUAUUGUGACUUUUAGAGAAACAUCCAAAAUGUUAGUAUGGGCCUCCUGCUUACAACAUUCUGUGCCCAUCCUAAUUUCUUUAAUCAGGGCUGAAGAUGAGUGCACUCUUAGGAAUCCUGCAAGCUGUUUUCAGUGGUACAGAAUGUGUGAGAGUGUUGCAGCGUGCUUUGCCAUAGUUAACAGCUAGAUAUUGUAAUAUUCUGUAUGUGACUUUUCCUCUCUGCACACUGGAACUAAAAAGAGAACCGUGAAAAUACAACAUCAAGUACUGUUCAA